UCCACCACCAUCCAUGGCCAUGGCGUCCUCCCCGGCCUGCCACUUCCGCCACCCGCCCCGCCUCCGCCUCCUCCUCCCGCUGUCCACCUCGGCCCCCCACCCGUGGCUCUACUCCUGGUCGCACCCGCGCCAGCGCGGCCGACUCCGCGCGCCGCCCGCCGCGCUCGACCUCCGUCCGGAGCCGUCCCCGUCGUCCGACUCCGACGAUGAGGACGCCGUCGGUGCCAGCCGCUCCUCCGGCCGCUCCACCAUGUCCCUCAUCCUCAGCCGCCUCCGCCGCGCCGGCUACUCCGGCGAGGACCCGCGUGCCGCCGCCCCACCGCACCCGCCGCGGGGGUCGGUCGAGGACGUCUUCCGCGCCGACGAUGGCGUGCUCCCCAACGCGCGCGGCGGGUUCGACGCCGACGACGAGGAGCGGGCGCUCGGGGACGCCCGCUUCCCGUGGGAGCGCCCCAUGCCGCCGCCCGAGGCCGCGCCGCGGUCCGCGCGGUCGCCCACGUGGAUGGCGGAGCUGACGCUCCCCGCCGCGGAGCUCAGGCGGCUGCGGCACGCCGCCAUCAGGAUCAAGUCCAGGACCAAGGUGGGCGGGGCCGGGGUCACGCGCGAGAUCGUGGAGAAGAUUAAGGAGAAAUGGAAGACGGAGGAGGUGGUCAGGGUCAAGGUCUCUGGCACGCCGGCGCUCAAUAUGCGCCUCUUCCACGAGAUACUCGAGAGAAAAACAGGAGGAUUAGUAAUAUGGAGAUCAGGGACUUCUGUUUCUCUGUACCGGGGAGUAGAUUAUGAUGAACCAGAACCCACUAAGAAAUCAAAGAAGAAUUCACAGUCUCUUGCUAUGGAUUUCCCAAUUAAGGGGUCUUCUAAUCCUUCCUUACUACCAACUGAGACAGCGAACAGUGUACGAGACAGCAAUGUAGCUUUAGUUUCUAAUGCUGCGAAAGAGGAACUAGUUGUACAAGCACCAGAAAUCAAGUAUGAAGAUGAAAUUGACAAACUGUUGGAUGAACUUGGCCCAAGAUACACUGACUGGCCUGGAUCUGACCCGUUACCAGUAGAUGCAGAUUUACUUCCUGCAAACAUGCCAGGUUACAAGCCCCCUUUCAGAGUUCUGCCAUAUGGUGUUCGGCCAUCUCUUAGCCGAAGGGACACUACCAAUUUACGCCGUCUUGCUCGGGGACUGCCUCCUCACUUUGCUCUCGGACGAAGCAGACAACUCCAAGGCUUAGCUAAUGCUAUGGUAAAGUUGUGGGAGAAAAGUUCUAUUGCUAAAAUUGCUUUGAAGAGAGGAGUACAGCUUACCACCAGUGAGAGGAUGGCUGAAGAUAUUAAAAAAUUAACAGGUGGUGUGAUGCUUUCAAGGAACAAUGAAUUUAUAGUCUUCUACAGAGGGAAGGAUUUCUUGUCCUCAGAACUUGCAGAGGUGCUACUAGAGAGGGAAAGAUUAGCAAAGUCACUUCAAGAUGAAGAAGAAGCACGGCGAAAGGCAGCGUCUUAUUUUUCAAGUGCUGAGACAUAUGCACAGCCCACUGUAGCUGGUACUCUAGGAGAGACUCUGGAGGCUAACUCUAAAUAUGGAACUAAACAUGAUGAGAAUCAUGCAGACAAAAUGGCAAGAACUAUUGAAGCUGCAAGACAUGCUGACCUCGUAAGAAAGCUAGAGUGGAAGCUUUCACUUGCACAGAAAAAGAUGGAGAAAGCCGAAAGGGUACUAGGAAAGGUUGAGACAGCCCUGAGGCCAACCGAAGAUUCCAGACCUCCUGAAACAAUAACAGAUGAAGAGAGAUUCAUGUUCCGGAAGCUUGGUCUAAGGAUGAAGGCAUUUCUGCUCCUUGGAAGAAGAGGAGUUUUUGACGGCACAAUUGAGAACAUGCACUUGCACUGGAAGUACAGGGAGCUGGUGAAGAUACUAGUGAAAGCGAAGUCUUUUGCAGACGUGAAGAGGAUAGCACUGUCGCUGGAAGCCGAGAGCGGGGGAAUCCUAGUUUCAGUCGACAAAGUCUCCAAAGGCUAUGCCAUUGUUGUGUUCCGAGGGAAGAACUACAGACGCCCUUCCUCGCUCAGACCUAGAAAUCUCCUGUCAAAGCGGAAGGCUUUGGCCAGAUCCAUCGAGCUCCAGAGACAUCAGGCCCUGAGUCGUCAUUUCGCAAAGCUAAACAGGAAGGUGGAGCGGCUUAAGGCAGAACUGGUCCAGAUGGAAGACGUGAAGGAGCAAGGAGACGAGGAGCUGUACGCCAAACUGGAUGCCGCCUAUUCGAGCGACGACGAAGACAUGGAGGAUGAGGACGACGAGGCCUACCUCAAGCGCUUUGACAAUGAGGUCGCCGGUGCUACCGCCGACGACGAUGGCAGCGACGACUACACCUCCGCCGCCGACGAGGCCGAUUACCCCGACUCAGACGACGAAGCUGGUGAUUGCUCCGAAGACGAAGGCGAGGACGACGAAGAUGAGGCGGCUGCCGGAGUCUCUGACGCUGGCUUCCACGGCGAAGUAGUAGGUUUCAGUUCCGACACCGACAGACGAAACCACGACGUAAAUGAGUACUAGAACAGUGCUGGUUGUUUGA